GUCGUCGCUGGCUUUGCCAAUGGCCGGGCUGUCACCUGUUACUGAUGCUCUAGUGAGGCUGGAAAGACAGCCCAGGCCCAGAAGCCUUGGGCCAAGCUAGAAAUGAGACCUCUCUGCACUUCGUGAAACCUCAUCACAGUCAAACUUUGGGGUUGUUAUUAUCUAGAAAAUAAGUUUUUGAAGACUGUUGACAUGUGGAAAGUGGAGCUUAAUGGCCUUGUGAGCUUGCAGUCCAGGUCAGCAAGGCCACAGGGAACAAGGCUGGAGCCUGCAGUCAGAGGCCGUCUGAGGACUCCCCCAACUCUUGGGUUCUGCGUCUGGUUCCUCGUCCCCUCGCCGAUGGGCUGUCCUGGUCUCGCUGCGCUCUGGCAUUUCAACUAUGUAGGAAGUAGGAGGCCGGACCCAGGAGUGGGAGCGCCAGGAGGAAGCUGGAGUUGGCAUUCUUACGGAGGGCGGUGCCCCUUUUCCUUGCCAAGGCCAAGCACCUUGGCACAGCCUUUGAUCCCAUCUGCACCUCCUCCACCUUCUCGGGCAGCCCCGCUGCCAGCCUUGGGCCUCUUCCUAGCUGGUGCUGGUGGCUGUCUCCUCGGAGCUCUCCGUCGUCUCGGGCUGGCAGGCGUCCUCCUCUCUUGGGGCGCUUCCCUCGCCCCCGACAGGCUCCUUCCAGAUUGCCAGGCUCACCCGCCCCGAGACGUGCCGGCACGGACCCGUCGGCGUCCUUUUCCCCUGACAGCCUUCCCAAGGCCGGAGAGCAGCGAGAGCCCGGCACCCCCCGUGCCCACAGCCCAGAGGUUCCCCGAUUCUCUCAGGAGGGAGUCGAGACCCCCCCCGGCUCUUCUGGGCCCCCUUGCGUACUUGCCCGGUUCUGCCUUGAAUCUUCCUGUCAAGCAUCUUGUGGCACGUUCUCUUCCCCGGGGGAGGAGCUCUGGGCCGCUGGGGGGCUCAGCAGGCUGCGGGCUCCCCGCUGGCCUCAGAAGCUUCCUCGCCGGGCCCCCCAUCACCCCGCGGCCUGGGAGCCGAGUGGACGGAAGGCGGAGGUUCUCCCAAGAGGGUUUCCCCUUUGUGGUAUGCCGCCCCCGGCACACAGAGCCGGCCCGGCCUGGGGACAGUGAGGGGCCCCAGCAGGGUGUCAGACGCCCCCCAGAAGCCGAGGGAGACGACGUCCAGGGACCGAGGCGUGCCGAGGGCUUCCUGGGUACGAAUGGCCGGAUGCUCUCGGCCCUCCCAGAGGGGCCGCAUGGAGUCACCCGGGGGCCUGAGGGGGCAACACGGGCCUGGUAGGGCAGCGAGUUUCCCUGUGCCUGUGGCCUUGGUGUUCUCCUCUGUAAAAUGGGCACGACAUAGCGGCCCUUCCCCAGGUUCCCCUUGGUGGGCUGCGUCCACAAUGGGUUCCCGAGUCCAAUGACUGAAGCAAAAGGGGGCAGCUGCGUGGUCCAGGGCCCGGCCCAGGCUCAGCCUGCGGGGGAGGCUCUGAGACCACGUUUGGAGCCCCGGAGCCUCCUGGCUGCCCCAGGCUUCGGCCUCUAAAGGACAAACUUCCUUUGUUUAAGGGAGCGCCCCGGGCUCUCGGGGAAGGCAGGGGAGAAGCCUCGGACAGCCCUUCGGAACGAGCCCACUCCGUGUCCGCGCCGGCUUCUCAGGGCGAGUCCGAGGACGGAUCCCUCCCCAUCAGAGGCCCUGGGCAGAGUCCGGUGCCGUCCGGCCUCCAUUUCCUCAUCUGCCAGAUGGGCUGGAGAUGACUGAACAGCCCCAGCAUUUCUGCAGGCCUAGUUACCGUGCCAAGCACUGUGCCAAGCACCGGGCAAACAGGAGCGCAGCCUGGCAGGAGGGUGCUAGUACCCCCCUCCCCCAUUCUACAGACCAGGAAACGGAGGCAGACGGGGGCAUGAGCAUCGGGGCAGGGUGUGAGUUCAGGGGGAAGGGAGUGAGGUCCCCGUCCCGCCAGGGGGGCCUGCUUCCACUUCAUCAUGAUCACGAAGUCGUCCGGCUUCACUUAGAGGGAGACCAUCCAGAACAAGGGGGUUCCGGGGGCAGCCAGGGGGAGAGGGCCAUGCCCAGGGGUCCUGGGUGCAAACCUGGCCUCAUACUUCCUGGCUGUGUGACCCUGGGCAAGUCACUUAACCUUUGGGUGCUCCCAGAUGCCAUCUGGUCCUUUCCAGGUCUGGAGAAGGUGCCGGCCGCAUCGGGAGAGGGAACGUCCUCCUCUGGGAGGGCCGGGGCUAUGCCGGCACAUGUUUAACCACCAGCUUGCCAGAAAAAAGGGGGUGCCCAGCACAUUUUGGGGCUUCACCCGCCGUUUUCUGCACCACUUUCAAGAAAACAAUAAAGCACGGCCGAGUCACAGCUUUUGCCGAUUACCAAGUGCGGCCCCGGAGAAUGCCCUACACGGAUGGACUGAAUGGCGGGUCGGGCCCAACCCGACCCUCUACUCAGGGUUCUGGUUCCGGGCUCUGGCCCGGCCCCUCGUGCCACAACGGGACAGAAGCCGGGCAGGCCCGAAGGCCUCUUGUCUGCCCCCCAUAUUUUCAUUUGAAGUUGGGCCACAUCUAAUUAGCGCCGAAUAGCCCAUGUUUAUGCCGGAUGCUGUUAGCCGGCUGGACCGCCAGCUGGACUGCAGAAGGGCAGGGAGGGGGCGGGAAGGCCCCAGACUUGGGGAUGUGGGGGGGGAGGGGCACACAAAAGGAGGCCCGGAGGGAAGGGGCUUAAUCCACGUAAAGCAACUUCUGGCUGCAUUUUUGAUCAGGGGAAGGUGAAGAUGAAGGCUGUGCAGGCACACAGCAUCGGUCCCCAUCGCUAGGCAGCUCCUUUGUCGCCAUGGCAACGCAAGGCUGGCUCAUCCCUCGGGGCCAACUCUGGCUGCAGAAAGCAGAAGCGGGAGGCUGGGGGUGGGGCUCUCCCCCAACAGCCCGGCUUUGUGGCUCCCCUUUCUCAAGCACACAGAGCCUUAGCGUGCUGGUUUUUCUGGGGAGAAAGUGGGACCCACCAGGCCUCUCCUUGUGUCCGAGGGGAGCCCACUGAAAAGCUAAACGUCAUCCCUCCCGAGAUGCUGUUCCCCCUGCAUGGGCCGAAAUGCCCCCCAAACCCUGAACCCGGGCAGAAACCGGCUCCAACCACAUUUAAAAGGGUGUCCGUGGCUGUGGCCAUCUCUGCCCCCCCCAGCCCCCCGAAAGGGAAAGAAAGAAGUCAGACGCCCCGGACGGACUGACGGACAAACCAAUCCCUUUUCACCCCCCCCCCCCCUUAGUGCCCACCACAAACUCUCUGUCUGGGAAGCACAAGGUGGUUUCCCCAGAAGGAAGCUGCCAGGCGCCCAAUGCAGGAGGCGCCCCCCAGGGUCACCGGGGAGGGGUGACAAUGGCCCAUCGGUGGCUUCAAUGAGGCCCCACCAACCCGGUCCCCUCUUCGGCUCUUGGGAGCCCUCAUGGGCUCUUGCAGGAAGCGACUGGGCAAAAGCACGAAGCUGUGUAGGAGGCGUGACUCGGUUUCCCUGCCCUGCCCUCUCCUCCCACGCCCGAGAACAGGACCAUAAAUAACGCCCCAAAGAAGGCAUUGAGGCGUCCGGGUCAGAGAAGGAGAGAGCGAGCAGCCCGCCUCAGACCUCCAGGAAGGGCUCUCGUCCACUAGCUCCCAGAAACGCUCCCAAGGGGCCACGUCACAGGCCCUGGGAAGGUACUUCAGAUGUCUGAGGAGGGGGGCCCCUGCAGGAAGGGUUUGUGAACCCCUCCUGAAUGCCAGGCUCUGGGGAAGGGGCUCCUGCCUGGACCAGCUCCCCUGGCCCUGGCCCAGAAAAGCAGCUGUGCACAGUCCUGGCUCUCAUCCUCACCCUCAUCCCUCACUCACUCAUUCAUUCACUCACUUGUUCACUCAUUCACUCAUUCACUCACUCACUCAUUAAUUCACUCUCACUCAUUCAUUCAUUCAUUCACUCACUCAUUCAUUCAUUCACUCACUCAUUCAUCCACUCACUUGUUCACUCAUUCAUUAAUUCACUCCCUCAUUCAUUCAUUUACUCACUUAUUCACUCAUUCAUUCAUUCAUUCACUCAUUCAUUCAUUCACUCAUUCACUCACUCACUCACUCAUUCACUCAUUCAUUCAUUCACUCGCUCAUUCACUCACUCAUUCAUUCAUUCACUCACUCAUUCAUUCAUUCAUUCACUCCCUCAUUCAUUCAUUUACUCACUCAUUCACUCAUUCAUUCACUCAUUCAUUCAUUCACUCAUUCAUUAAUUCACUCCCUCAUUCAUUCAUUUACUCACUCAUUCACUCAUUCAUUCACUCAUUCAUUCAUUCACUCACUCAUUCACUCACUCAUUCAUUCACUCACUCACUCAUUCAUUCACACUCAUUCAUUCAUUCACUCAUUCAUUCAUUCACUCAUUCACUCACUCAUUCAUUCACUCACUCACUCAUUCAUUCAUUCACUCGCUCAUUCACUCACUCAUUCAUUCACUCACUCAUUCAUUCACUCACUCACUCAUUCAUUCACUCACUCAUUCAUUCACUCACUCAUUCAUUCAUUCACUCACUCAUUCAUUCAUUCACUCACUCAUUCAUUCACUCAUUCAUUCAUUCACUCACUCAUUUAUUCAUUCACUCAUUCAUUCAUUCAUUCACUCACUCAUUCAUUCAUUCACUCAUUCAUUCAUUCAUUCACUCACUCAUUCAUUCAUUCACUCAUUCAUUCAUUCACUCACUCAUUUAUUCAUUCACUCAUUCAUUCAUUCAUUCACUCACUCAUUCAUUCAUUCAUUCACUCAUUCAUUCAUUCACUCACUCAUUUAUUCAUUCACUCAUUCAUUCAUUCAUUCACUCACUCAUUCAUUUAUUCAUUCACUCGCUCAUUCACUCAAACAAGAAGCAGGGAGGCAUGGCAGAAAAGCCCUGGGCCUGGUGUCCAGGAGAGCUAUGCUGAAAUUCUGUUUCAGCACUCCUGAGCAGGUUUUCUGGUCCACAGAUAGAGGGACGAGACUCGGGGACCUCACAGCUGUGGUCCUCCAGGCCCUGACACGGGGCACGGAGUGUGGGCAUCUCGGGGGUAUCCUGCUUCCCCGGAGGAGCCAAUGGGAAGCCGACGCUUUCCUCAUCUUAAAGUCCUAAAUAAUGUGUUCAAGCUGGCAUUAUUAUCACUAAAAUCAAAUGAGUCGGUAACCAGAUGGAAGGGAAAGCCACUUCUGAGAUGUCAUUUUCCAUGAAAACCCUUCAUUUUCCUGUGUAAAAACAUGGAUCAAAAUGAUUUACAACUAAAUGUCAACAAAGAUGUAUCAAAAAUAUCUUGCAAAAGCAGCAGCUGGGUGGCUCAGUGGAUGGGGAGGCCAGGCUAGAGAGGGGAGGUCUGGGUUCCAAUCUGGCUCCAAGACCCACCCUAUGUCGUCUUGGCAAGUCACUUACCCUCGCUGCCCAGCCCCGACGGCUCCUCUGCCUUGGCACUCGCUAUUGAUUCUAAGACCUGGCAGGUAAGGGUUGAAGGGACCUUUUCUCUUCUCUUCUCUUCUCUUCUCUUCUCUUCUCUUCUCUUCUCUUCUCUUCUCUUCUCUUCUCUUCUCUUCUCUUCUCUUCUCUUCUCUUCUCUUCUCUUCUCCUCUUCUCUUCCUUUCUUUUCUCUCUUCUCUUCUCUUCUCUUCUCUUCUCUUCUCUUCUCUUCUCUUCUCUUCUCUUCUCUUCUCUCCUCUCCUCUCCUCUCCUCUCCUCUCCUCUCCUCUUCUCUUCUCCUCUUCUCUUCUCUUCCUUUCUUUUUUCUCUUCUCU